CACGAAAAAAAGCUUCAAAUACGAGAUGACUUUCAAACCAUCCAAAGCCAUUAUACUAGUCAAAAUCUCAUCCACAGCCACCAACCAUCAUGGAUCGCGCUUCUCGACUCGCUCUCGCAAAUCAAAACCCAGAACUCAUCAGAGUCCUACAAGAAUCACCCCCCGCCCGUAGUCUUGACAGUGCCCCCUCCAUCCAAGCCCUUCGCACCCACCUCGCAUCCCUAAAACGCAAUCUCACUCUAUCCAGCUCCCCCAGUACCACCACCCCUUCCUACACCGAAACUGACCAACAAAUCCCCGUGCGUGACAACAGUACCAUCACCACCCGGAUCCACCGUCCCGUCCCCCCUCCUCCAGAAGGCAGCCCCGGAUUGGUGCUUUUUCACGGCGGCGGAUUUUGUUUAGGGGAUUGCGACAAUGAGGUUGCUUUGUGUAGACGCUGGACGGAACUAGGGGGCGUGGCGAUUAAUGUUGCGUACAGGCUUGCGCCUGAAUGGAGGUUUCCGACGGCUGUGGAGGAUGCAGAGGAUUCUUUGCUUUGGACGAGCGCCCACGUCAAGGAACUUGGGAUUAACCCCCAGCAAGGCUUCAUAAUCGGUGGCAUAAGCGCGGGAGCGAACCUCGCUGCCGUAGUGGCACAUCUAUACCGCGACGAGAAGCGCACACCACAGCUCACGGGACAGUACUUGUGUAUUCCCACAACUUGCGAUCCCGUUGCAUUGCCCGAGAAAUACAAAGAUGUUUAUCUCAGUCGUGAGCAGAACAAGGACGCGCUGGUUCUGAACCAGAAGAGCAUCGAUAUGUUUGAAGGACACUACAACCCCAAUCCCCACUCCCACCUUCGCUCCCCUCUACUUUUCCCCUCGCACGCAGAGCUACCGCCAGCCUAUGUCCAAGUCUGUGGCGCAGACCCUCUGCGAGAUGAAGGCUUGAUCUACGAGCAGGUUCUGCGGGAGGAGGGGGUAAAAACGAGGCUGGACGUGUUUCCUGGCUUGCCACAUGGGUUUUGGAGUUGGUUUCCAAAGGCCGACUUUAGCAAAGACUUUCAGAGGAAGACUGUGGCGGGGUUGAAGUGGUUGCUGGGGCGGGAUGAGUAGAUGGAGAUGGAGGUAAAUGGGAGGGGAAACUUGUGCGAGUGAUGUCACAUCUGGCUGUCAGGGGGUGGGCUCGCCUAACUCCGGCACAACACUUUGAAGUAGUAGCCUUUCAACAAUAAUUCAACGUCGUGUAAUUAAGCGUGUUUAGAUAUAUAUUUGGCUUGAUUGAUCAAUAUAUACUC